UGUCCUGAAGCGGGUUGAAGGUGAACCGGGCUCCGUCUCUCUCCGUCUCUAGAAGCGUCCUCUCCCCGUCUCCUCCUCAGCCUCAGCACCGGCAACCACACAGAGCCAUGUCCAUAUUCAGCGAGGUCCCGCAGGCCCCUCCCGUGGCUGUCUUCAAGCUCACGGCUGAUUUUAGAGAGGACAGCCACCCGCAGAAGGUGAAUUUGGGAGUCGGAGCCUACCGUACGGAUGACUCCCAGCCCUGGGUGCUGCCGGUGGUGAAGAAGGUGGAGCGGCUGAUCGUGGAGGACAGCAGCCUGAACCACGAGUACCUGCCCAUCCUGGGUCUGCCCGAGUUUCGCUCGGCCGCCUCCAAGGUCGCCCUGGGAGAGGACAGUGCCGCCAUCAAGGACAACAGGGUGGGCGGAGUCCAGGCUCUGGGUGGGACGGGUGCACUGAGGAUCGGGGCGGAGUUCCUGCGGCGCUGGUACAACGGCGUCAACAACACGGCCACGCCCGUCUACGUGUCAGCGCCCACCUGGGAGAACCACAAUGCUGUGUUCGCUGACGCUGGCUUCAAAGACAUCCGGCCUUACCACUACUGGGACGCCGCCAAGAGAGGCCUGGACCUCAGCGGCUUCCUGGACGACCUGGAGAAAGCUCCAGAACAUUCCAUCUUCGUCCUGCACGCCUGCGCCCACAACCCCACCGGCACCGACCCCAGCCAGGACGAGUGGAAGAAGAUCGCCGAAAUCAUGAAGAGGAGGAACCUGUUUGUGUUCUUUGACUCCGCCUACCAGGGCUUCGCCUCGGGCAGCCUGGAAAAAGACGCCUGGGCCAUCCGCUUCUUCGUCUCUGAGGGCUUCGAGCUCCUUGUCGCCCAGUCCUUCUCCAAGAACUUUGGCCUUUACAAUGAGAGAGUGGGUAACCUGACGGUGGUCGCCCGGGACAACGAGAACCUGACCCGCAUCCUGUCCCAGAUGGAGAAGAUCGUCAGGACGACCUGGUCCAACCCGCCGUCGCAGGGAGCUCGCAUCGUCGGCAAGACCCUCAACUGCCCCGAGCUCUUCGCAGAAUGGAAGGACAACGUGAAGACCAUGGCUGACCGCGUCCUGCUGAUGAGGGACCAGCUGAAGGCCAAGCUGCAGGCUCUGGGCACCCCGGGCACCUGGGACCACAUCACCCAGCAGAUCGGCAUGUUCAGCUUCACCGGCCUCAACCCCAAGCAGGUGGAGUUCAUGAUCAAAGAGAAGCACGUGUACCUGAUGGCCAGCGGGCGCAUCAACAUGUGCGGCCUGACCACCAAGAACAUCGACUACGUCGCCCAGUCCAUCCACGAAGCCGUCACCAAGGUCCAGUAAGAGGGCCUCCUCCCUCUCUGCCGGCUUCCUGCUUCCUGUCUCAAACAGGAAGUUCUGUCUUAUGUGUGCCCCGUUCCGCCCCUGCUCUUGUUUGUGUGUUGAUAACGCGCCGCAUCCUCUCCUCUGAUUGGUUAAACUACAGUCGAGUCUUUGCAGGUUAACCAGUGGGAGGACAGUGGAGAUGCGCGAUGACGGAGGUGCAAUGAUUUUAGAAAGACACUUUCGCACACACAGCCGUCUCUCCUCAUAGGCAGUGCGCUUUACACCCACAGUACGUAACAUGUAGUAUUUAACAAGUCCUCUGAAAAUUACAGCACAAGUCUUAUAUUCAGGUUAUCUUCCUUUUUAGGUUGUUGUGACAUUUAUAAUCAACCACAAAGCUGCUUUCAAAAUCAUUUCUGGUCACAAAAUUUCCCUUGCCUUUCGUUUUUUUUUUUCCGAGUUGGUCAGCGGCGUGUGUGCCUGUAACAGUUUCAAAUCAUGUUUUUUUUUUUUCCCCAUGUCUUCAGAGCACUUAGUGGGGGGUUGAAUGUUCUCUCAUGAUGGAUCUGUCCUAUUGAACAAAAUGGCAGUGCAGCUGAAAAGGUGUAAAUAGAUGUAUUCACUUUAGAGAUCACGCUUGCUGCACCGCUGUUUCUCUUCAGCUCCCGGUCCAAGAGACACUGGAGAAAAGAUCAAGUUUUCUUUUUUUUUUUUUUUUCAGCUGUCAAAGUCAGGGUUUGUCUUGGAGUUUGUUCAUUCGGUCAUACGGUUCAACGCUGGAAGAAUCAUUUCUGUUACUGUACACAACAUAACUGACUUCAUGUCGCCUUUUAUUUAUUGUUUUAAAGCCUUGUCCACAUUAGUUGUUGGGAUCAAACAACAACUAACGAAGACAUCCUUGUGGUUUUAACGUGUCUGGAGAAGGGCAUUAUGGGUUCAACGGUUGUCUCCGUCAUGUGACUGGGCUUGAAGGGUCACCUCGAGGUUCUGCAUGUGCCCGGAGGUUAAAUGUCUUUGUGUCUUCUGUCUUGCCUUUGUCGAUGAAGCAAACCCCGAUGUUCCCUUACCCACCGGACAAUGUGUUAAAGGUCACUUCUGUUUGCCAACAGUGAACAAAAUCACAGCUCUCUCUGGUGUUAGUGGUGUUUAUUUUUUUUCUUUCCACCCUGCAGUGCCCAUUAUUAUGUUACUGAAAGUCUGUGCACUUGGCUGUCGUAUUGAACUGCUCCGGUCGGACCUCCGAGCCCGACGGGUUUCGCCGCAGAGCCAAACUCCAUUAUGCGGCAAUGUGUCUGUGGAAUAUAAAAGUAUGUGUAUUCAUACUGAAACUAUAAAUAAAUUAUAAACCACGGUAACCAAA